CUCACAAGCAACAUGGAAGACCACAGCCUCAAGGUAUUCUCCUUCAAUGUCUGGGGCCUCGCUAUCAUAUCCAAGGACAGGAUACAGAGACUACGUGCGAUCGCAGAGCACAUAGCAUCCGCAAGCUAUGACAUCGUAUGUCUCCAAGAGCUAUGGGUCUACAAGGACUAUGAGAUGGUACGGGAAGAGAUACAGCACGCCUUGCCGUUCUCUAGGUUCUUCCACACUGGCGCACUGGGCUCCGGCUUGGCCAUAUUUACCCGAUUCCCACUCAUAGGAGCACAAGCAUUCCCCUACUCUCUCUCCGGAACCCCGGCCCAGGCAUUUGCUGGCGAUUUCUUUGUCAAGAAGGCGGCGGGCAACGUGGUGAUCCUCCACCCCGUCCUCGGUGAAGUGGAGAUUUGGAACACCCAUAUGCACGCAGCAGGCGAGCACGGUCCUGACACGCGACAAGCCCACAGAAUCGCUGAAUCGUGGCAAUUGGCUAGCGCUAUCCGCGGAGGCGCUGCAAAGGGCAGGUACAUCCUUGUGACGGGCGACUUCAAUUCUCAACCAGGUUCUGUUCCGAUAGCUAUGAUGCGCGAUCACGCCAACCUACAAGACUCUUUCCUCGUUACGCAUCCUUCCGCCAAUACCGACCUUCCACAUCCCCCUUCCUCUGCUGAAGCUUUGAUCAAGUAUGGCACCACCUGCGACUCUCCUCUCUGUACUUAUUCAGCGGGAAAGCCCAUCCCCGGUAAUGUGCUAGAGCACGGCGGCAAGAGGCUCGAUUACAUCUUCUAUCGACAGCCUGCUGUGGUUAGGAAGAGGCCAUUGGUUUGGAAGUACAGGGAUGAUGCCGAGAGCGCAGGUGCUGAGAACGGCGGUGCUGGUCUCUCUGGUGAUGCGUAUAUUGAGACUGGCAAGCCUCUCCAGAACUCUAUGGCACAAGCUCCCAAGCUCCGCUGUAUCAGCUCCGAGGUCAUCCUCACCGACAGAGUACCGGGGCAUCAGUUCUCCUACUCUGAUCACUUUGCCCUUUUGUCGACCUUUACUAUUGAAGGCCCAUCUCAACAAUACCAAUCACAUGAGCCUCCUUCCGCCACCGACAACGGAUCCCAUGGUCCGUCCACGGCAAACUCGUUAGAGCCCCUCAUCUCUCAAAACGACCCCGAGCGCAUCGGAUCCAACUUGUACGCUGCUGGCGAUCCGUUCAAAUAUCCAUCGGAUAUUAACCUCUCACCUUCCACAUCCAUACCUUUCACUCAAAAGUCGAACACCAUCCGCUCCGCUCUGAAUACCCUCCGGCUCUAUACCCGUAUCUCUCAGCACACUGCCAAGCGUCAUCUCCAGAUCUGCUUGCUCGCCUUGCUGGCACUCAUUGGCCUGACGGUGGGCUGUGCGUGGCAGCCCAAGAGCUGGUUGCAACCCAUCUUCACCAUCAUCGGCGCACUGUUGGGUGCCACGGCGGCGACGUUCCUUUAUACUGGGUUCGUCUGGGGAAGAUGGGAAGAAGGGCUGUUGACAGAGAUCACGGAGGAGAUGGAGCUGGAGCUGAGGGUGGUUGAGAUGGAGGAGAACAUGAACCGCUAGGAGGAUGUGGGAGGAGGAUGACCUGGCGAUAGCUGUGCGGAGUUGAAUGCAGAUAUCGCGGAGUUAUAACCAUCACAUUUGCAUCUUCGUUUGUUGUGUGGCAAUAUCGAGCUCAUUAGAUGACUCACAUGAUGACAUCUUGAGAUGGUACUUUCAAAGGACAAGUGUCUAUUUUUCAGUUCACCCCCACUCAAGCCUGACUCCGCCGCUUGGUUAUGAUUAUCCACCUUGCUCACGCGACCACUCACAAAUAGCAAGUUACGGACAAAAAGGUAUUUUACAGUAGCUGUCUGUCUUUGAAUGAGAUAUUGUCUUUACUGGGAUCAUCAUG